AUGUCUCUUCCUAAGGCUGCAUAUAUCAGUGAGGUGUGGAAGGACGGAAUCUUCGAUAGCAAAGUCGUAUUCUGUACCGGCGGUGCUGGCACUAUUUGUAGCGCUCAAGUACGGGCAAUGGUUCAUCUAGGCGCCAAUGCAUUCAUUCUCGGACGGAAUGUCGAGAAAACUGAGCAGAUGGCGAAGGACAUUGCUAGAACUCGCCCUGGCGCAAAAGUUAUUGGCCAGGGAGGGGUUGACGUCCGGAGCUUCGAUAGUCUAAAGGGUGCAGCUGAGCGAUGUGUGAAAGAGUUGGGUGCAAUCGACUUCGUUAUUGCUGGUGCUGCUGGGAAUUUCCUUGCCUCGAUAGAACAGCUUUCCGUCAACGCUUUCAAAUCCGUCAUGGACAUCGAUGUUUUAGGAUCGUAUAAUACUCUCAAAGCCACCAUUCCCUAUCUUGUCGAGUCCGCAGCAAAACACAAAUGUGAUGGAAUUACUCCUUCUCCCACAGGCACAGGAGGACGAAUUAUUUUCGUCAGUGCAACACUCCACUAUACCGGAACCCCGCUCCAAACGCACGUCGCAGUUGCCAAAGCCGGAGUAGACUCGCUGUCUAAUAAUGUGGCAAUUGAAUAUGGCCCUCGGGGCGUCAAUUCUAACAUAAUCUCCCCCGGGCCAAUCGGAGGCACAGAGGGAAUGCAACGUCUUUCUCGCGCGGACGAUGCAAAGGGCCAGAUGUCCAUAAUCCCAUCAGGAAGAUGGGGCACGGUGAAGGAAAUAGCGGAUGCCACCGUCUAUCUCUUCUCGGAUGCCGGAAACUAUGUCAAUGGCACAAAUCUUGUUGUGGACGGUUCUGCCUGGCGUUUCCAGAAUCAAGUCAACAAGUCUGGAUUUAAAUAUCCGGAUUUUCUCCUUUCCGGGGAAGAGGUGACGGGUGUAGCAGGGUUGAAGAAAUCGAAGUCAAAUCUUUGA